AGUUCAUCUUGUUUGAUACUAUUCCGUGUCUUAAAUAUCUAGUGAAUUUCUUGCGCCAGUCACAAUAUGGCGGUCUUAAAAUGUUUAUUAGUUGUCAGUGCAGUUUUGCCUUUAAUAUUCGGACAAUGUACAUUACCAAAAGCGGCUAUCCUAGUAAAAAGGCCAGUGUUUCGUUUCACGAUGGAUUUAGCUACAAGGCUUGCUCUGGAUAAAGAGAAUCAUUUCGUCGCCUCCCCAAUCUCUCAAUGGAUACUACUUUCGGCUUUGUCUAUUGGAGCUCUUGAAGAAACUUCAAUGGAAUUGAAAAAAGUCCUAGAAUUGCACCCUCAUAAAUGCUUCAAUAGGAAAUAUUGGGCCGUUGUCAACGAUGCUAUGAACACUGAAGAUUCUAACGACGUGAGUGUGAAACGAUCUCCAUUAGUGGUUUUAGAUCAAUCGUUUUCACCUUUCAUGGCAUCAUCGUUCCUCUCAAACUUAAAUCAAACCAAUAUGUGUAAAGUGAUCACACAAAAUUUUGACGACGCACCACAAACAGCUGGUAUUAUCAAUGAAUACGUUAGAGAGUCCACAAAUGGAAACAUUAAGGAAAUAAUUAAUCCUACAGAUUUGUAUGAAACGAAUCUUAUCCUUCUAGAUUCAUUAUAUUUUCGAGGAUCAUGGACAACAGCUUUCCCAACGCAUAACACAGACGUUGUAGAUUUUCACAAUGAAUUAGGAGCUGUUGUCGGUAAAGUGAAACUCAUGUUUCUUAACAGCGAAUUUAACUACACCAACUUAGAUCAGAUUAAAGCCAGUGUUUUACAGCUCCCUUAUGGGAAAAAUAAAGAGUAUUCCAUGUUGAUUUUCUUGCCAUUCGACGGUGUUCUUCUUUCCACGAUGAUUUAUAACAUCAAAGAUAUAAGUCUGGCGACGGUUUUUAGAAAAUUCGAAAUGGAUGGACCACGCACAUUGGACGUCCAAAUACCGUCUUUUGAAAUAUUCUCCGAGUUAGAUAACUUAAAAGAACUACUGACAGAUAUGGGUUUAAGAAGUAUAUUUGACUUCAGUGCUAAGUUCGAUCUUGGAGUGGAUGUAUACAUUAAUAACUUUGUACAAAAAGCGAAAAUAGAAGUGACAGAGGACGGUACAGAGGCUGCAAGCGUAACAGAAGCGGAAUUAGGCUGGAGGUCUUUGGAUCUAUCAUUUGUGGCAAACAGACCAUUCUUCUUCAUGAUAGUAAACUCUGAGAAAGAGCUGCCUUUAUUCGUUGGUGCAUUCUCAAAGCCUACUGGCUUCGAAUAUACGAGUUAAGAAAUUUGUUAAAGUACUCAUAAGUCGCGUCAAAAGAUCGUGGCAAAAGAUUGCGUCUCAUACUGUUACUGAAAAAAAAAAAUUAAUGGACCUAAAAAAAAAAAAAUUUAAUGGACCUUUUAAAUUUGUCUGAAACUGUGAAUUAACAAUGAAUAUUACUCAUACUCUUUUUAAUUUAUGAUUUGAUAUCCUUACCUAAUUAUUACCUGUAUUCCAAUGGUUCCAAUCUCGUUGCAUUACUCCCAGUUGUGUCCUUGUCUUAGAUAGGUACCUAUUCGGCUAGUUGCAAACAUUGAUAAUCCUAUUCUUAACUUGACCCGAUAGUAUUUUCCUAUUAUUCAAUUAAUACUAUUUACAAUUAAUAUCCUAGGAUGGUCUUUACUAA